AAUUUGGAUAAAUAAUCUGAUACUUGGCUAACUGUAACGUGUCAUUACUGUCCACUGUCAAUGUUGUCGAAAAUAUGUUGAACAUUACAAAAUUGACAGGUUUACACAAUUUCAUAUCGAGCUAGGAAGGCUAUAGUCAAUGGUUUAGCGGCUUUGUGAUGUAUAAACGUUAGCUAGAUGCCGCAAUGUAAAUGAUAUGUGGAAGCUAACCUGCGCUAGCGUGUAGCUAGUUUUGUUUCUUGACCUCCGUAUUUAGUAUGAGUCAGUAACAGCGACAGGUGGUGAUAACAGACCAACCUAAUCCACACACCAGCCAAGUAGUGAGCCUGGCCUUUAUUUACCUGCUGUUCAGGUAAGAGGUGGGCAGGGGGCAGGGCCACCCACGUGGUAGGAGGGAUGCCUGUGGAGGGCGGAAGCAGCAGCGGCUCUGCUUCGGCUGCCCGUCACCCAAAGCAGAAGCGUAAGGCUCAUAGUCUGUCUAUCCGGCGCACCAACAGCACAGAGGAGAGGCCAGCAGGCAUCCAAAGAGGAGACAUGCUGGAGAGCCAGGACUCUAAGCUGCCCCUCUCUUUGCGGCACAAUCUUCUCGACCUUUUUGGCCAGAUUGAGCGCGAGUUUGAAAAUCUCUACAUUGAAAACAUUGAAUUACGCCGGGAGAUUGACUCUCUGAAUGAGCGUCUGACCGGAGAUGGACAGACUGUUGAGGGAGGAGACCCCACCAAGGGAGCUCUGAAAACCAAAGCCAGCCACAGCACCAGUCAACUGUCACAGAAGCUGAAGACGACCUACAAAGCCUCCACCAGCAAGCGCUUGUACACUUUCCACGGCAAAAUAGGCAGACCUCGCUACUUCCGUGUGGCCGCAUGCGAGUUGUGGGGAGGAGAUUCAUGGAUUGUGUCCAGUUUCAAAGCCACUGCAGGGUCCCGGGCUGUGUGCCAGCUGCUCAAGGAGUACAUGGGCCACCGGGACGGGAUCUGGGACCUCAGCAUCACCAGGACUCAGCCAGUAGUCCUGGGCACUGCCUCCGCAGAUCACUCAGCUCUGCUGUGGAGUAUAGAGACUGGGAAAUGUCUGUUGAGGUAUGCUGGUCAUGCAGGAUCAGUCAACUCCAUCAAGUUCCACCCCACAGAGCAGAUGGCCCUCACUGCCUCUGGGGACCAGACGGCUCACAUCUGGCGCUACAUGGUGCAGCUUCCGGUCCCCCAGCCACCACCAGAUGUCAGUGCUCCAUGUGAUGACGACCAGGACUCGUCAGACAGAGAAGAAGGUGAGGUGGAUGGCGAGGGCCCUUGCGAGGUCCCCACCGUCAGGGUCGCUACAGCAACACUGAAGAGCCACCAGGGUGUAGUGAUCGCAGCUGAUUGGUUGGUUGGAGGCCGACAAGUGGUGACCGCUUCCUGGGAUCGUGCUGCCAACCUGUACGAGGUGGAGACGUCUGAACUGGUUCACGCACUCACUGGACAUGACCAGGAGCUGACCCACUGCUGCACCCACCCCACCCAGCGGCUGGUGGUCACUUCAUCCAGAGACACCACCUUCAGACUGUGGGAUUUCAGAGACCCGUCCAUCCACUCUGUCAACGUCUUCCAGGGACACACUGACACGGUGACGUCGGCAGUGUUCACGGUGGGAGACAAUGUGGUUUCAGGGAGCGACGACCGCACCGUCAAGGUGUGGGAUUUGAAGAACAUGAGGUCGCCUAUAGCAACCAUCCGCACCGACUCAGCUGUGAACAGGAUAAGCGUCUCUGCCAACCAGAGGAUCAUCGCUCUGCCACACGACAAUCGACAAGUCCGACUGUUUGACAUGAGCGGAGUGAGGCUGGCCAGACUUCCACGCAGCAACAGAAUGGGUCACAGGCGGAUGGUGUGUUGCACAGCGUGGAAUGAAGAGAACCAGUCGUGCAACCUGUUCACCUGCGGCUUCGACCGACAGGCUAUCGGCUGGAACAUCAACAUCCCCGCCCUGCUGCAGGAGAAGUGAUGCCACUGACACACACUCACACUCACACACACACUCACACACAGUGAAGUAGGAGACGGCACACACAAACACUGUAAUCUGGGGCCUCGCACAUGCUAGCAUGUUUAAAGUGUUUACCCAGAGAAGCAUUUGAGUUGUUCACAGAUUUGAAAGACUUCGUGUUCAUCUCCUGGCGGUAAAUGACCGACAUGGCUCGAGUGUGCGAGGCCACAGAGCUGAUCUCCUGUAUUCGACGCUUUCACUUAUUUAGCAUGCGUUGUGAAUUGUGACAUGGCUAAGGCUGAUUCUUUCUGUUUUAAAGUAUAUCUUUGACUCCACAGUCACGGGCUGCUGUUCACAUCACUGUUGUUUAGUUACUGCUGAAUAGUUACUCUUGCAUGUAGAUAAUCUCAGUUUGCAAAUGUUACUUGUAAAGAUGUGUGAGAGCAAUUAUAAGGCCAGGAGAGCGUGUAGAAUAUGAUACAGAGAAGUUGUGUAUAUAUUAUGUCGUGGCCUGAUUAAGUGACCUGUGUUGCAGGUUGUUGCUGUUUCAUGGAUUAAGUGUCUUAGUUAUCUCCCUUUUGAGGGUGGAGUUUGGCAGAGAUAGCGUGGGUCUGUGAAAUGUUUUUAUCUUUUUAGUCAGACUUAUAGAUGUAGAGAUCAUCAUGGAACAAAACCUAUAAUAUGCAGGCUGCUGGGUAAUUCAGUUGUCUUACAAUCUGUCAAGAAUCUGCUGUCCUGUCUGGAACUCUUCACUGCUAAGACUCGAGUCCUUGCCUAAUACCUUCGAUGCUUUCAAUUCACAGCCAGCCUCCAUGUUUCCAUAUUUUGUUGUCAAUAUUUCAAAUGAUACUGUAACUCUGCCUUGUUCCAUGUUUACAGUUGGAUAUUUUUUUUUCUAGGCAUUGCUCUAUUCUGCGUCUGUCACAGCAAAGUGUCAAGAGCAUAGCAAUAACGGGGAAACGACUGCACUUCUGCUGUUCACAAAUCUUUUGUAGGUCUGUGAAUAGAAUGUGUUCAACAUUAUCAUAAUCUAGUAUUCUCUAUAUGUUGCGGGUUUAGGUGUCACUACUUUUAGCCAUAAUAUGCACCCAUGUUUCCUCAGCGUCAGUGAAAUACAGACCUCUUCAACCUGUAGCCAGCUCAGAGCCCUGUGUUGCUGUAACAUGUCAUCCCCAAGUGAACUUGUUACUGGUCAUUCCUGUGCUUCAGUAACCGCCUGUCAAUAUGAAGUUAUAGUGUUUACACGUCGCAUUGAACUCUUAGCCUUGUAUGACCUCUUCUGUUGAGUCUGUGAGAAGCACUCUUUAUCCAAAUUCAGAAGCAAUAACCCAGCUCCUUCAAGGUUCUGGUGCUCAGAGUGAAGCUCUUCUGUCUUGGACAUCAGUGAAUAUGACUUGAAAUACACACUGAAUCUCACUUUGAGAACUAGAAUCACGCUUUACCGGAACCAGGAAAGUCUUUAUUUGUUACACUUGUGCAAUAUCCCUAAACAUGAAGUCAUGCUUUAGAUUUUGGUCUUCAGAUGUUUAACUUAUUUCAGUGCUGUAAACCCCAUGAAAUGAUUUUUCUGUACUUGUGUGACUGGUGUAGAUGUAGCUCGGUGUACAUAAGUAUGCAUAACUUGCCCCAAAGUGAUCUUCAGACUUCACACGUUGCUACCAACAAUAGUCAGGAUAGAUUUUGAAGUAGUGUGAACCUAAAGCUGUAAUAAGCAUAUUGAAAUGCAUUAGCCUUAUCCAUCUGAGCAUCAAUGCACUUGUUCCAAAUGCUUGUUAAAUAACUAGUUGUGUUCCACUGCACCGUGCAGAUAGGAUUUUUAUUCCUGUUUCAUUCAGGGAACUCAAUCUCACAGCCAUUGAUAUCAAUGUCAUUUUAAUCUGCAGGUAGAAAAGAAAGUCCUAUUUGUGCCCACAUAUGAAUUCCAGCUCGGAGGAAAUAUGAUUAUGGAUUGAUACAUUAAAUUAUUGCGUGCCAGUUUGAAAGAAAAAAAAAAAUUGGAUAGGCUUUGCUUCAUUGUGGCGAAUCCUAUUCACCUCAAACUUCAUUACGUGAUCUACUUUGCAUACUUUAUUGUGACGGGUACGUGCUCUCUGACACUUUCCAAUAAAAUGUGCGAUUUCCUUUCCCA